UUGAGACGCGGCGCCGCUCAGUCGGGUGGCGGGGAGAGCGGCCCGCCCUCCGCACCGCUACGUGUGAAGGGCCGCCGCCGCCGCCGCUGCUGCUGCUGCUGCUCUCAGACGCCGCUCGGGACUAAACACCCGACCAAAAUAAACGCUCCGUGAUCUGGUGCCGCGUCGCGUACUGGGAGGGUCGGGAGCGUGUGGGCCGCCUGUACCCCGUCCGCAGCUCUUCCCUCAACAUCAUGGGCAACAUACCUCACGGGGAAGGCCUGUCGCUCGCCUCCCUCGCCGCCAGCAGCCACACCUCGCCCUCGGAACAAGUCAGGAGAACCAGGGAGAAGAUUGGCCUUGGUCUGGUGCUUUACCAAGACGGCGACGGCGUGUGGCUGUACAACCGGGCGGAGAUCCCGCUCUUCGUGAACUCCCCGACGCUGGACGGCGGCAUCCACUGCCGCGCGGACUUCAUCGUGCACAAGCUUCCCCCGGGGCAUAUCCUGAACAUCUUCGACUACGAGAAGGCCCGCGAGUACCAGAAGCUGCCCGUCCACCCGGCGCUGCUCCACGUGGGCCCCAUCGAUCAGAACUCGGUGCACGUGUCCUUCGCCAAGGGAUGGGGCCCCAACUACCGGCGGCAGGCCAUCACGGAGUGCCCCUGCUGGCUGGAGAUCCUUCUUGUGCCUGCAAGAUGAUGACAUCAUCCUCUGGCGCUUUUCCACUGCCCAUCACAGUUCUGCCUGCCUGCUGUCUGCUGCUGGCUGGUCCAGCAGUACUACCAGGGGGCACACGCAGCUCAAUCCGUUUGGAGCAGCAGUAGCAGCAGUUCACCAAUGGAACGUGUAAUGGCUGUAAAUGCUGAGCGGGAUAUAGCAACAUAACUAUGGGUAGCUUUGAAGUAGUGUUGACCCAGCUAAGUAAGGCUAGAACGCGCACUGGCGCAGUCCACGCCACUGAAUGUGGUGCAGUUGCAAGGAAACGCAACCGCGCCGAGACGGAGAGGCGGGAACCACAGCGAGUGUAGUCCCCGCGAGGCGACCGGCGGCUCGGGAGGAAGUGAAGCAACUGCCUGUACAGAAAAUCAGCUUGGUCAGUGUUGAUGACAAGAUGAAGCGAGAGAGAUUAUUUCAGAUUUGCUAUUAACGGGUCAAAGAUUUGUUGGACAUUUGUAUGUGGUUACUUUGCCAGUGAAUUUGGGCACUAUGUGUCAAAAGAUUUUUUUUGUAAUGAAAUCUAGUCUGUUUGUUAUUUUUGUUACUAUCUCCUAUCACAUUUGUCUGUUUAUGUUACUAAUAUCCUUCCGAAAUAACUGUUUACAAAAAAGUUAAUGAUAAAUGGUUGCCUUUACAAAAGCUAGAAUGCAUGUAUGACAAAAAGAAGAAAAACAAGGAAUACCAUGUGAAAUUUGUAUGUUUCCCUUAUCCAACACACAUGGAGCAGAGGCUUACCUCUAACUUUUGUGAAUGUGACCAUGAGCUGGCAUUUGUCCCUCUGAACUACAUAGCUCUUGCACAGUAUGUAGCCGCAAAGGCAAAUGCUGAAAUUAUUUUUAUAUGAACAAAGUUAGUAUGGCAGUGAAAACACUUUCAUAAAGUGUCUGAUGCUUAGCAUAUAUAAUCUCUGCCUCUUAUAUUCAUAAAAAAGUGCUCUAUAUGCAAUGUGUUCCAUGAGAAGCAAGAAGAGGUAUUGCUUAUUAGAAUUAAUAAAACAAGAAAGGUCAGACAAGAAUGAAUUGCUUGCCUUUUGGAUACAGUUCCACUUGCAGCAAAAUAAUGCGCUACCUAGUCUGUGCUAACUGCAUGUGGGCAUGCUAGCCAUACAUGGACCUAUGCAGACUAGAGUCGAUGUCCCAAAGGUGCUACGUAGGAAAAAAAGGAUCUUUCACUCCGCCGAAGUACAAAUGACUUCCUUUGAGAACCCUGGUGCCCUAUCCUAGUAUAUGUCCCCUUCUGCUGUAUGAGCAUAGCAUAUCUCACAAGUCACACUCUCAUCCACACCAUCUUGUACUCCACUGCUAUUAUUUCCCUCUUCCCUCUCCCCAGUCCCCUCCUUCGCCCUUCUCCCUCAUCCUCCCACUCUGCCCAGAUUGCUAAUAUCUCCCUCUUCCCUCUCCUCAGUCUCCUCCCUCCUCCUCCCCCUGUACCCAAUUUGUACAGUAUGUCCCUAUAAUGAUUUACAGACUUCCAAAGUGCCAUGAAGGAAUUCAAAAAGAGUUUUUUGCUUUAAGUAUAAUAAUGCCCAAUCUGUUAGUGUAAUGGUAAAGUUUAGUCUUCAUAGAGAGGAAAAAACUUUUAACUAUAUAGUGUAUAGUUAAAUCUGUUUUUUUUUGUUAAGUUCUCCUUUUUAUACAAAGUGUUUAUGUCAAUUUUGCGGGUAAAUUAUUAUGAUCUUUCACUGUAAAUGUGAUCAAGACUAUUUUGCUAUAUUUAGUAUUCAUUGUGUACCAUUGUAUUUAAAAUAAAGCUUCACUAAUUUUCAGAAUAUUUAAUCUAAAGGUACCAAUGUUGCCUGCUAUCAAUCAGUAACUCCCUUUUGCCAGGAAGUGCCUCAGCAUGUAGCAGAUUUCAGAUAUUUAAAACAUUACAAUUCAAACCAGACUUGGGCCAAAAAAUACUACAUCUGUCACUAGAAAACUUAUUACAAAUGACAAUUAUCUUUGUACCUUUGUAAGAAACAAGUUAUUAGACAAUCAAAUUUUUUAAGUGUUUUAUUUUCUGGUUGGAAAGGAAAAAAAUAUAAGGUCUGUACCACAUUCUAUGAAUAAAUGUAAGCAGAUGUU